AUGUGUUUUAAUGUAACAAGCAAAGAUCCAAGAUGUAAUAUGACAAUGAAUAAUAAUGCUACCAUAUUUAGUAAUAUAUCAUUGAAUACAACAAUAGAUAUUGAUAAGAGAAUUCCGGCAGCUGAAGAAUUUUUCAAUUUAUUAUUAUUGGGUAAAAGUGAAAAGAUUGAAGAUUUUGGUGUACCUCAAAAAUAUUAUGCACUGGUGUUAUUAGGUGCAUGGAUUGUUGUAUGUUUAUGUAUUAUAAGAGGUGUCAAAUCAUCUGGAAAAGUUGCUUAUUUUACAGCAAUAUUUCCAUAUAUUGUUUUAACCAUACUAAUAAUACAAAGUGGAACAUUAAAAGGUGCUAUAGAUGGUGUUAAAUUUUAUGUGAUACCACAGUGGGAUCGUGUUGGACAACAAAUGUGCAUUGUUGUUUCCUGUGAUUGUCUAACAGGCGUCUUUGCUGGUUUUGCUGUUUUCUCAACAAUUGGUUUUUUAGCGAAAGAAUUGAAUGUAACUGUUGAUUCAUAUUCAGCAAGAAGUGGACCGGGCCUUGCAUUCAUAACAUAUCCAGAAGCAAUUACACAUAGUCAGUAUGGCGAUGUGCCUGCCAGUCCAUUUUUUUCAAUUAUUUUCUUUCUUAUGUUAUUGACACUUGGAUUAGGUUCACAGUUUGCAUACACCGACGUUCCAAUAACAACACUUGUUGAAUUAUGUCCAAGAUUAAAAAAUAAAAGAUCGUCUGCUGUUAUUAUAACUUGUGCAACAGCAUAUCUUGUCAGUUUACCUUUCACAUGCCCAGGUGGAUAUUACUGGUUUGAAUUACUACAAGAAUAUGCAGCAAAUUUAUCGAUGAUUGUCGUUGGCUUUAUUGAAGUUAUUACUGUUGCUUAUAUUUAUGGUUUUAAUAGAUUUAUGAAUGAUGUUAAAAUGAUGAUAGAAAAACGCGCUGCUGAAUAUUUUUUAUUUUUUACUUGGAGAAUAAGUGCACCAUUACUUAUGCUGAUAAUAAUAAUAUCAAAGUUAAUUCAAUCAAAACCACUUGAAAGUGGUACAUAUAAAUUUCCGAACUGGAGUUUGGCACUUGGAUGGAUUAUAUUUAUUAUUUGUUGUAUACCAAUACCAAUUGUUUACAUUAUUCAUUAUAUAAGAGAAUAUAGACAAAUAUCAAGACAAGAUUCAUUACAAGCACUUAAUUAUAAAACACAAUACCAGCUUAAGUUUGAUCGAGAGCAUGAAGAGCAACCGCGCUACUUGGAGGCAUUUACACGAAUUAAUUUACCAGCUGAUGAUUGGGGACCAAAGAAAAAUGUUAAUCGAAUUGGUAUUUAUGCACAUUUAAAUAAAAAUAUUGUACCGAUGAAUGGUUAUUCAGUUGUGGAAAAAGAAACAGGCUCAAUAAAUGAUUCAGAAUCGUUAUCAAUACCACGAUUUAAUGGUGUUAAAAGUCAACAUUAUAUAGAUGAUGAUGGUUUCAUCCGUGAGCGUUUAAUUUAUGGUAAUGGAAACGCUAAACAAAUUAAUUUGGUUGCACAACAAGCUCGUGCGAAUCAAAUAUCAUCAGUAAACAACAGUGGUCAAAUAUUUGUGAUCAGCGAUCAGAAUGUUGAAUUGGCUUAUGUGGUCGAAACGGUGGUUACAGAAUUAACGCAAGUGGAAGAUGAAAUGAAAUCGGGAACUCUAAAUGGACAAGCUCGGUCACUGAUUACACGUAUCCUUUACAACAUGCAAUGUCUUCAUUCUAAUAUCUUAGUUAAAUUGGUUACCGAUAUUGAAAAUAAUGAACAUAAUGUUGAUUUUUUGACAUCGGAACAAAAACUUGUGUUAUAUCGGCAAUUAUUUUCUAAAAAUCCAUCAAUUACUAGUCUAAAUAUGUCAAUGGCGUCAUUACUUAAACAUUUGAUUUACGAGCAGAACAUUGAUUUCGUGAAACAAAAUGUAUCAAAUAAAAAAGAUGAAACUGAACCAGCAAUUAUUGUUCAACUACGUAUCAGUACAACUUUCACAUUACCAACAAACAUAGAUAAUAACGCAUUUCAUCUUUUUGAGGUACACUGUCUUCCAUUUUUUGUACAAAACGUUGGAUAUGAAACAACUGAAGUCCCGAUAUUUAUUGGAAUGAAUGUCAAAACAAAUAAGUUUAUAGAAUUGUACAGAAGAGGAUAUGGGGAUGUUUCUAUGUUCGUGGACUAA